AUGAUUCUGAAUUUAAAGGAUAUUUAUUUGGCUGCUGCAGGCGGAUUGCUGAUAGGACUGGCUACAUCAAUUCACUACUUAUUGAAGGGGAGAGUUACAGGAUUCAGUGGUAUAUUUUAUAGUCUGAUAACAUUCGACAAAAAUAGUUUCUAUUGGAAAUUAUCCUUAAUGUCUAGUGUUGUUCUAUCAUCUUCAUUGUUAUUUAAAUAUUAAGGAUUCACUCCUAUUUUAGAAGGAGCAUCUCCAAGUUUUGAUCCAAUCAAUCAAAUAUCUAAAAUUGGCUACAUAGGAGCUGCAAUAGCAGGAUUCUUGGUUGGGUUUGGUACAAAAUUAGGGAAUGGUUGUACAAGUGGUCAUGGAGUUUGUGGUUUACCACGAUUAUCAGUGAGAUCAAUGGCUGCAGUAGCAUCAUUUAUGACAUUUGGAAUUUUGACAGCCACUCUAAAAGAUUAAGUUGUGUUGGAAUAACCAACUUAAUUACUCAUCGAUAAUGCAAAUAUUACUAAUACCGCAGCUAUGGUUAUUAGUGGAAUUUUAACUUUAGUUGGUAUUAUUGGUUAAACUAAAUAAAACAAGAAAACAAUGAUUGAUGCAAUAAUUUCAUCUGUUGUAGGACUAGUGUUUGGAUCUGGAUUAGUUAUUUCUGGAAUGGCUAAAAGAUCAAAGAUUCUAGGGUUUUUAACAUUCAAUAAGAGUUGGGAUCCUUCAUUGAUGUUUGUUAUGUUGGGUGCUGUGUCUCUCAAUUUAAUUACAUUUAAUUUACUUGAUAAACCUAUCUUAGCCGAGAAGUGGGAUUUACCAACAAACAAGAAGAUUGAUUAUAAGUUAUUACUAGGUGCAAGCAUCUUUGGAAUAGGUUGGGGAAUUGGUGGAUUAUGUCCUGGACCUGCAUUUUCAUUAUUUCCAUAAUUUACAGCUUAAAUUGCAUGUGUAUUUUUACCUUGUUUGGCAUUGGGAUAAAUAAAUGCUAAUAAAUUUAGUCAAUAUUUGGAUUAAAAAUCAAAAAAAUUGUGA